UUCAUUCAUCAAAUAAUAUUAAAGAAGAAAAAAUGGAGGAGCAUAGAAAUCUUGAAAAAUUUGUGGAAAAAAAGCUCUAUGUAUGCAAAAAGAAGUAUAUUGACAUUCCGAAGGACGAGGGCCAAAGAUAUGGAACCAAACUCCUACUGGCAGAAUCCGCUCUCAUUCAUUUUACCCGAUAUGUUCCACGACCUGGCGGAGCACUUAGGGCGGGGAGUUAUUCCCUUUUUUUGGGAUCCCGAGCUGAACAUGCUCGACGCAUUGACCCGUAAGCAAGUUAGUGAAAUGUACCUGUGCGUGCGAAGGAUUCCAAAAAUGCUGUGGGCCGCAGGGAUCAGCCGGAAUAAAUUGAGUCUUUUCGUACUUCAGGCAUUUUGUCACAAAAAGGAAAGAAAUUUAAAUCUAAAGUGCAGCUCUAGGCGAAAAGGAAAUGUUAUUAAGGGACUGAAGACCACUUAAAUUUGCAUGCUAAGAAAUGAUCGAACUAACGGUAGCGCUGGACUUUGGACUCGAGUCGGCCAUGCGCACAGACGUCCAUCGGAAACGGUGUCUACUUGGGACACUCUGCGAGAAUACAGUAAAGGACGUGGCGUGGUCCGAAGCAAAGGUAGUUCUGGGAAGAGCAUUGAUUCGCAAUAAUGGACGAUACACCUUGGGCGGUUCUCUAAUGUCAGUGCAAUUUACAUGUGUACUCUGUAGCAAUUGUUGAAUGCACUUUAGUAGUAAUAAAAGGAACAUCAAAUGGCA